GUCAGAUAUCACUGGAUAUGCGUGGAUGUCACGUGAAAUAUCCAAGUGUAGGCGUGGAGUUUCAGGACUAACGGUUAAACGACCAACACGCGAUGACGUGUCACAGAGUAGCAUCGCUAAAACACAAGAUGCUGUGGCUCGCUGUCUUCCUUCUGUUUGUCCGCACGUCCGUGUCCGUCGACUGGAAUCCAAUGGUAAUGAACGAAAAUAUGCCGACACCAUUAAGGGUACCGACGCUUCACUUCUCAGAUACGUUCAAGAGGAAAGUGGAAGUUGGGCUCAGCGCGAAGGAAGUGUUUGUCAAGAAGCCGACAGAAAAGAAGAUUGUCAUUCUGAAGGACAUACUAAACAUCAUGGAAACCCCGUGGGGGCCCUGGUCGGAUUUCGACACCUGUACGAAGACGUGUGGGAAUGGUACUAAAACGCGGACAAAACAUAGGGCGUGUAAGCGAACAACCACGGAUCUCGGAGACGUGUGUAUCAAAAACAGGGACACCGAAAGCGUAGCGUGUAACAGUGAGCCGUGUACAACGAGCGUAACCGGCAGCCAGAAAGUUGGCGAAAAGAACACCCAUUAUGAAUCAAUCGUUACCGGCGAUCACGUGGAUGGUAACUGGGGGACGUGGGGAACGAGGACGUAUGGAAACUGCUCUACCUCGUGCGGGUCCGGAGAAAGAAAGUAUACUCGGCAGCGAGUCUGUAACAACCCGAAACCCAGCGGUUUUGGAAAGGACUGCGUGGGAGAGAGUGUCCAAAACGGAAACGUCAGCUGUGAAAUUCAGCCAUGCCCAGUGGACGGCCAAUGGGGUGCGUGGGGAGGUCGACAUUACAAGCCAUGUUCUGUGACGUGCGGCAACGGGACUCGUGAAUAUACGGAAACUCGUUCGUGUUGCAACCCCAGCCCGGAGUUCGGCGGAAAGGCGUGCCCUGGCGUCCGAGAGCGAGUCGGGUCGGUCAUCGGGUGUGACGUAGCUCCGUGUUCCGUUGAUGGUGUGUGGACGGCGUGGAGUCACGCCGAUGUGGGGCCGUGUUCGGUUUCCUGCAACGGUGGAGUACGAAACCUCACGCUGGUACGCUCCUGUGAUAACCCGCCGCCUCAAAAUGGCGGCCAGAAAUGCAGUGGAGCCCACUCCUGGUCGACAGUAAUGUCAGGAUGCAAUCCGCAGAGCUGUAACAUGAGUUUGGUCAAUGAGAAGGUCUACGUCGCUGACUGCAGUGACAUCAUAGAACACUAUAUCACUACCAGUGGGGUGUUCACGAUCCAACCACGUGACUUUGGGUUACCACUCCGUGCAUACUGUGACAUAGAGGACAAGGAAACGGCUUGGCUGGUGAUUCAGCGAAAGAGCAACGGGUCGUUGAAUUUCAACAAAACCUGGAACGAAUACAGAGACGGAUUCGGCGAAAUUGAUUCCGAUUACUGGCUUGGUAAUAAUGACAUUCAUCGCAUCACUCAACAAGGUCAGUACGAGCUGCAGAUCGAUCUGGAAACCAACACAGCAGAGAGGAAACACGUCACGUACGAUACGUUUUACGUCGCUUCGGAAAAAAGUAAUUUUGAACUCAAAGUGAUCGGUUUCCAUGGAGAUAUAAAGGAUUCGUUGUCGCCCAGCAAUGGCAUGCGGUUUGUAACAUAUGACAUGGGGAGGUAUUUCAACUGCGAUGACCCCGAGGUGAGCGGUUUCUGGAUAAUCAACUGCUUCAGCCUCAACAUGGGCAAAGACAACAAGGUCACGUGGCCUCCGUGGUGCAAGGACACGUGCUACAUCACCAGCAGCGUCAUGAAGAUCAGACGAAGGCGUACAUAAGACUGGGUCACGCUGAAAGGAAUGCAGCCAUGACAAAAAACAUUUCGUGUUUUAUUUUUACUUGUAAAUGUUUUUUCUGGAUGUAUGGAUAGUAGCUAUGUAAUGUUUUGAAGAUUAAAGUAAAAUAAUUAUUAUUUCUGUCAGCUGAAACAAAAAUAUAAAAUUAAAUUAAAGUUUGAUUUGUUUAACGAUA